CGUAUCGAGACGCAGCCCAUCUCUGCCCUCGUCGCGCUCUUUUCUCUCUGUCUCUGUUUCUCUCUCUCUCUUUCUCUUUCUCUCUCAUCCAACUGUGUGUUAUUGUAUGUGAUAAAAGUAAAGUCGACUUCCAUGAGUUAGAGUCACACAAGUGCAUGUGAAAUGCGACCUCUUUAACACAACUCUCUGGUUAUUUUUUUUUUUUUUUCAUAAUAAAUAAUUCGUGUGAUCGUUUAAUCAAGUGUGCUUCUGUUCUAUUGAAAGAUUUGGUCGAUUAUAAAAUGAACGCGGUAUUAUAAAACCGUUGAAGCGCGUUGUCUCGAAAGUUUCACGAAAGUUUAUAAUUAGUGGGACAGCGCAGUGCGAUAAAUUGAGAUCACGCGGUUGGGAGUUUGGAACGGGCCUGGCUGGCCUAAUGAGGGCCGAGUGCAUAGCAAACUUCGAUACUUUCGAUCGGAUUACAGAAACGACGUUCAAACGGCAGUGCCAGGCGAUGAGAUGAGUGCCGAUUUAUAGCAGAACUAGAUAUACAAGAAGUCCAACAUAAAAUCAGUCGAUUUGUCUCCAACAACUCCCUACCCUCAGAGGAGUUUGAAAUAGCCGAAAGAAAGAGAUAGUAAAGAAGGCAGUAAACAAGGAGAAGGAACUUGGCCAAGCAGAAAGUUUGUACGUCGUGGGUGGCAUUGCUGCUUUGCAUCUUUACGAGUAUUCACUACUGUUCCAUGGACCCCGAGGGUCGUCGAACUAAAGGUUGUUAUCCAGCUGACUCCUCGUUGUUGUUAUUGUCCAACGUCAAGCACAGCCAAAGACAUGGCUCUUCCGACAGGCACGUGCGAUUCGAUCCAUGUAAUCUCAUACAAGAAGACGUCUAGUCGAUGAUCUGCAAGUCCGAGUACUACAGCGAGCCAAGGUAGACUCAAAGUAUCGCGAGUAGCCAAUUAGAAACCAACACCAAGAUCCUUGUGAAAUAUGGCUCUGAGAUGGCAGGCCAAACUCUACAUUGCUGCCAUACUCUUCAUAUGCACAGAAGACACCUUGAGCCUCGGUGAUCGGUCAACGGACAAUGCCGAGAGGCACUCAAGUGCGAACAGACCCCGGCAGCAGCUGCUCGACAAUUCAGCAGAUGCCAAAACGAAACUUGAGCCCAGCUUCGAUCUCCGCUUACCGACCAAUGUUACAGCACUUGUCGGCAAGUCUGCCUAUCUCACCUGCAGAGUACACAAUCUCGGUGAUAAAACGGUGUCCUGGGUGAGACAUCGAGAUAUUCACAUUCUGACUGCUGGUGCUUACACUUAUACAAGUGAUCAGCGCUUUCAAGCGCUGCACAAACCAAACACAGGAUCGAACAAUGAAUGGUCUGAAUGGACUCUAUGCAUAAAAUGGACUCAAGUGCGAGAUGCGGGAAUCUACGAGUGCCAGAUAUCGACAAUUCCACUCAAAUCCCACCAAUAUCAUUUGAAUGUCGUUGUGCCGACAGCGACGAUACUUGGUGGUCCAGAGCUUUACGUGGGCGCGGGCAGCACGAUAAACCUGACAUGCGCAAUCCAAUUUAGUUUGGAGCCACCUGCCUACAUCUUCUGGUACUACAACGAUGUGGUGAUGAGUUAUGACAGUCCCAGGGGUGGUGUGUCCGUCAUAACCGAGAAGGGCAAUGACGUUACGACCUCUUGGCUACUCAUACAAGCGGCACAGCCUUCUGACUCCGGGGAGUACAAGUGCAAGCCCAGCAAUGCCAACUCCUCUUCUAUCAGAGUGCAUGUUCUCAACGGCGAGCGUCCGGAGGCAAUGCAAACUGGCACAGCGGGACCUAUCUUAUCAUCUAGCUGUUUAUUGGUAUCUCUCAUAAUUUUGUACAUAUCCUCGAUGUAAAACGCAGGAGCUAAUGAACGAGUAUCAAUGUUGACAGAAAAAAAGCAAAAACGCAAACGAACUCACUGAUAUUUGCCCGAAAGUGAUAAAAGACAGUCAAAGAUUUUGUAGUAAACGAAGAGUGGUGUUAAUCAGCUUCGAUGACCUUAAAAAAGUGAGACAUGAGGCUCGAACAGUAAAGUGCAUCGCAAGCAAUGAAAAAAAGUAGCAAGCGACGAUCUAAACGAACAAACAGGAAAAGUAAACAAAUAUAUAGUUAUAUAUCGCAUGAGAUUUCGUUAAGGCGAUUCUACGCGUUUAACAAGAGGGAUAUAUAUGAAAGGAGGCAGAGCUUAUAACAGAAAACCAAAGGCAUAGGCAAUGCUUUUGGUAGAGUGGCUCUUAAAAAUCCUAUAUCUAAUUACUUGUACACGCAACUUAUACAUACACACAAACGUAUCUCCCGAUAUAUCUCUGCCAUGUAUAACGCCAUACCCUGUCCCGUUCGUCGUAUAUAGAGGAUACACACUUAUACAUAUAACAAACACUACCGUGCAUGCAUACGCGAAGACUUUGAGAUGAGUGCGCAGGCCGUUCUACUCCAGGGCCUUUUAUGUGAUAUGGAUUUGCAUUGUGAUGUAUAUUUUUUGUAUAAGAUGCGUGGGUGUCGUAUAUAUAUUUUUUCUUCGUUUUUUUUCAGCAUUUUCAUUUGAGUCACUGAAUGACAGUAAUAAAUUAGGUUUCACAUGAAAUUCACACCAAAAUAUGAGAAUAAUGAACAUUCUACAUUUGUGUAUACUUCUUGCAUCAAUAACACACUGAUUGAGUUUUUAUUACAAUAACUCAAUUUCAUGUUAUUCAUGGUCGUUAAUAUUUGAAAGUCUUUUAGUGGAAUAUCUCUAAUUAUUUGGAUUAGCAAUAGGCUAUCUAAUCAACAUAAAUUAAAACCGAAUAAAAAUAAAUAAGUUACUUGAAUAAGCUCUUAUCUUACAGGUUUGAUUAUGGCAUUUACUGGUGUGAAUUUCUCGCUAAAAUUUUUCUGAUAGCUGUCACAAUGUGACUACAAAAACUUUGUGGGUCUAUGGUUGAAUCAUAAUUAAUAUAAAAGGUUAUAUAUAUCAUACGGAGAAGUAUGUACGCAAAACAAAAAUUAAAUAUCUUCUUAAUGCUCGGUAUGCACAUUUUAUAAAUUUAAGUUGUAUUCUGUUAUUCUUCUAUUAUACGAUAUGGCCAACGAAUCGACAGUCAGAUUGUAAAUAUUUCAAAGAUACUGACAUUAAAUUGUUAAAUGAAAAAAAAACCUUGUUAGACUGAGCUAAUGCAUGAUUUCUUAAAUAAAUUAACAAAUAAAUCAUUAUAAGUUGAAUUAAUCCAGCUGGAUAAUUUAGCUAAAAAGAAAUUAUUGAUAUAUAUGUAAAUAUACUUGAAAUUAAAAAAUUGUUUCAUCAAAUUAUCUGACAUAUUUAAGCAUUUUUAUUGCAAAACGAAAAUAUGUCUGUUUAUUUUAUUGCUACGUGUUAAUCAUAUUAACAAAACAAUUAUCAGACUAAAUUAUAAUGUCAAAUUCGUUAUCAAAUAUUUCUGUUAAUAAUGAUUAUGAAGACAUUAAUAAAGUUGUAUUGCAGAAAAUCGAAGUAAGAGCUUUAGAGAAUCAUCUAUAUGAUAUAACUACCCUGUAAAUAAAUACAUAAUGACAAUUUAGUUAUAGUCUUAGGAUACUGUAAGUAUAUUAUAAUAUAAUGAUAAGCGAAUUCUGCCAAUUGAUUUUUCGUAGCAAAAAUGUUAUUAUGAAAAUCAAUUUACGUUGAAACUACUGUAAAUACUAAAGAAUCCAUAUAAUUGAAAUGAUAUAUUUCAAAUAGAGAGAAGGAAUGUUUUGUGAUGAUGAUGAUUUGAUCAAAAUUAUUGAUAUUUAGGCUGAAAACAUUAAUUUAUAAAUUUUUUUUAUUGAGAUUUCGAUUUGAGUAAUCGUUAUAUUAAUUAAAAUUGUGAUAAUAUUAGCUAAUCUUAUUAAUAUUAUUAAGAGAAAUAAACGUGUAUUAUGAAAAAUCACUCAUCUACUGAUGCAACAAAUACUAUAAAAUUUUGUUUUAUACAAAACUGAAAAAUGUCUGUCAUUUUAAUGUUGAAGUGAAUUAUAUAAACAGUUGAUGUAUGUUAUG